UUGAUCGACAGUGGCUUUCUCAUUAGCAUGGCCGAUACCACUAGAACAGUUUCCAGAGGAGAUAGACGUAAUAGGGAUUAGGGCUUUGAAUAACAGUGGAAAGGUAUUCUGAAGGAUUGGCCCGUCAAAAAGUCACCGAGGAAAUAAUUUACGAAAUGGACUCUUGUUCCCGUCUGAUUUUGUAUGUUUGCUUCCUCCUUGUAUCGUCAGUAAACAGACUGGACGCCCUCAGAUAUGGACCCAAAACAACAGUUGGUGGAUCCGAUCCAAAUGGGCUUACAACCGGUACGAGACAAGGUUUCGCCUUUGGGGGAUUUGGAGUGGACGCCUUAUGUGCUCUGUGUAUACGAAUGAAUAACUAUCAAUGCUAUUUGAGAUACUGUUCCGGCGGAAGCGGAUCCUUUAGAAAUACCGGACGAGGAUCCGGAGGUUUAGCUCAGGUUGUGCCUUGGAAUCCUACCUGUGCCAUGUGUGUGACAGACUCUUGUAGAAGACUGUGGUGUGCAAGCGGGGUCGGCCGUAUAGGUAUACCUACAGGAACAGUCAAUGGACUGGGUGGUGGUCUUGGACCAGGGACUGGUUAUACAGGUUACGGUGCGUAUAGUGUGGCAAAUAGAUACGCAUUGUCUAUACCAACAUAUCCGAAAUCUGGUAAUUAUGGUAAAAGUUAUUAAAUGAGAAAUUAAAAUGAAAUCUAAAUGAU